AUGGCGUCAAAAACGGCUCAAAAUCCUCCCACGAUUGCGAUUUCCACACCAUCAGCGCUAAAGGCACCGUCGUCCUUGUCACUGUCGAACGUGUCCAUGCCAUCGACAACCUCGACGUCAUCACCCUCGAGCAUGUCCUCGACAAUGUCGAUUUCAGCCCCAGAACCCGGCAUGCCAGCAGCAGCAACAGCAGCCGCAGCAUCAACCAACAACACCACCUCGUCGUCGUCGUCGUCGUCGUCGUCCUCGACGAUCGUCAAGCAGGGCUGGUUGUACAAACGCGGAGAACACAUCAAGAAUUGGCGCUCGCGUUACUUCAUCCUGAAAAGCAACGGCACGCUCGAGGGCUACAAGGUACGGCCGGGAACGCAGGCCUACACGGAACCGUCGAACAACUUCACCGUACGCGACUGCCAGAUCAUGUCCGUCGAUCGUCCGCGUCCGUUUACGUUCAUCAUCCGCGGGCUGCAGUGGACCACCGUGAUCGAGCGGAUGUUUCACGUCGAGGACGAAGAAGAACGCAAAGCGUGGGUGGAAGCGAUCCGCAGCGUGUCGAACAAGCUCAACGAGGAGUACCAGACGAAGCUGUCCCAGCAGAGUGACGAGGAUUGCGAGAUGGGUUCGAUCGCCGCCGAGGACGAGUUCGAUCAGAAUCGCGUCGAUAAAACGCUCGUGUACGGUAUGACCACGGAGAAGAUAGGUGGCAAACGGAAGGUGACACUGGAAAACUUCGAAUUCCUCAAGGUGCUCGGUAAGGGCACGUUCGGGAAGGUGAUCCUGUGCCGGGAGAAAACCACCGCAAAGCUGUACGCGAUCAAAAUACUGAAGAAGGACGUCAUCAUCCAGAAGGACGAAGUCGCUCACACACUGGCCGAAAGCCGCGUCCUAAAGACGACCAACCAUCCGUUUCUGAUAUCAUUGAAAUACUCCUUCCAAACCGUCGACCGGCUGUGCUUCGUGAUGCAGUACGUAAACGGGGGCGAACUGUUCUUCCAUCUGAGCCGCGAAAGGAUAUUCCCCGAGGAUCGGACCCGGUUCUAUGCUGCCGAAAUCAUCUCCGCACUCGGCUAUCUACACUCGCACGGCAUCAUCUAUCGUGAUUUGAAGCUGGAAAACCUGCUGCUGGACAAGGACGGGCACAUAAAGAUUGCCGAUUUCGGGCUGUGCAAGGAGGACAUCACGUACGGUCGAACGACGAAGACGUUCUGCGGUACGCCGGAAUAUCUCGCCCCGGAAGUGCUGGAGGAUAACGAUUACGGUCACGCGGUUGACUGGUGGGGAACGGGUGUCGUGAUGUACGAGAUGAUUUGUGGCCGGUUGCCGUUCUACAACCGCGAUCACGACAUCCUGUUCACGCUGAUCCUGAUGGAGGAGGUUAAGUUCCCGCGGAACAUAAGCGCGAAUGCGCGCAGCCUGCUGAGUGGGCUGUUGGUGAAGAACCCGAAGCAGCGCCUCGGUGGUGGCCCGGAGGAUGCGAAGGAGAUUAUGGCCCAUCCGUUCUUUGCCAGCAUCAACUGGACGGAUCUGUUGCACAAGCGCAUAACGCCGCCGUUUAAACCGCAGGUCACGAGUGACACGGAUACGCGCUACUUUGAUCGGGAGUUUACCGGCGAGAGUGUCGAGCUGACGCCAUCGGACAGCAACGGGGUGUUGGGAGCGAUUCAAGAGGAGCCCCAUUUUUCGGAAUUCAGCUACCAGGACAUGGCAUCCACCAUGAACACACCGAGUCUGAUGAACCAUUCGCAUAACUAUCCUCCGAUGCAGUGA